AUGCCCAAUCUUCAUAGAAAGGGGCUUGUGUUAGAAAUCCCCAUCUCACAAAACCCUAAUUCAACUCUCAAAGAAGGGACCUUUAUUGGGCCAAGUCUCCACAAUUGGCUCAAUGAAUGUCAUGGGAUUUUGCAUAAUGCGAUUUUGAUCUUAGCUUCUCUUGCUUUUGUACUUUAUUUAGCAUUUCAAGCUAAGAAGUGCUUUAGGAAGCUUUCAAAUGGGAGAUCUUCUAUUAUGAUUGCUUAUUAUGGCAGUCUUUGGCUUGUUAGCUUGCUUAACCUUGCUUGGUCUUGCUUUCAGGCAUGGGAGUGCACUCCUGGAAAGGAAUUAGCAUGGAAUAUCUUAUCAUUGUUUACAACAUCAGGAAUGUUGUUUCUGGAAGUAAGCUUGAUUGCCUUUUUACUGCAAGGAAAUUAUGGGAGUGGAUUGGAAGAUUUGACACGGCCCUUUGGUGUCUCAGCUCUCAUUGUUGGUUUGGAUAUUCUUCUCAAGGCUCUGUACCUUUUUGGAUUUGGGAUUCCUUUGUUCAUUGAUAGCAGUGAGCAUUCCCAUCAAAUGAAGUGGGGCUUGUGGUUUGUCCACAGGCUUGUGCUGACUGCUGUCUAUGGGUUGAUACUGUUCAUGUAUCAUUCCAAGUGGAGGGAGAGGCUACCUGCAAGACCUGCAUUCUAUAAGUACAUUGUCAUUAUGUUCAUCUUGAAUACACUGGCACUGUUUGCUUGUGCGCUUACUGGACAUGGGACUGGUUUUGGUUACUGGUUGUACAGCACCACAAUUGUAUGCUACCAUGCUUUUUACCUUCCUCUUCUGUAUUUAACCUUUUUGGCGGACUUCUUCCAGGAGGAAGAUUUGCAUCUGGAGAAUGUAUACUAUUCAGAGAUGAAAGAUGCUGGUUUCUUUGAUGAUGACUGGGAUUGA